AUGCCAACCGCAUGCAAAACCAACCUAAUUCACUCCCGAAACAACCAAACAUCAAAUCUUCGAAAUACACAUACAGACAUUCCGCAUCCUCAACUUCAAGAUCAAACCGAAAACCGUCCAUCACGGGGACAGCUAUCCGCGAAAUACCGGCACAAUCGAGAAGCGAGACGUUGGUUGUACGUUAUCGAUGGUUCCGUUAGUUAUCGGUAUGUUGCUGAUCUAUUUCUUCAUUUGUACUAUGGGUCACGUAGUGAGGUGCACGUGCAGGUGCAUGUUUCACGUGCAAAGUGCAAUAAGCACGAUGAAAUUUUCCAAACGGGACUCAUUUAUUCUAACAAAACAAAAUAG